AUGUUCAGCUUACUGACUUUGAUUAAGGUCAUUGAACCGAAGGAGUACCUGCUGCAUCUGACUAUAAGGAUAAAGUUGGCUCGAUAUGCAGAAGAGCUCAUGAGGCUUGAUCAACCAUUGGACAGAACGAUGUGGUAUCAGAGCCCAGCACAGGUGGACGCCUAUUAUGCACCGAAUAACAAUGAAAUGAUCUUCCCUGCUGGCAUUAUGCAGUUCCCUUUCCUAACCCUUGGAGUGCCCAAUUAUAUCACUUAUGGAAUGGUUGGAGCUGUCAUUGGACACGAAGUUUCACAUGCGUUCGAUGAUCAAGGUAGGAUUGAAUAUUACUUCUCUUUGAUGAAAGAACACUGGCAAGCUGUUCUGUUCAAUAGAAGGCUCAAAAAAUACUGUUCAUCUUCAACAAAGUAAGG